AUGGUCCGGUUCCUCUUGGUUUUCUUCCCAACUAUCUUUUUGGAAAUGACCCUACUCCCCAGAGGUCCCUGCAGGAAAGUGUUGCUGGCGGGAGCCUCAUCUCAGCGCUCCGUGGCCAGAAUGGACGGAGAUGUCAUCAUCGGGGCCCUCUUCUCAGUCCAUCACCAGCCUCCGGCCGAGAAGGUGCCCGAGAGGAAAUGUGGGGAGAUUAGGGAGCAGUACGGCAUCCAAAGGGUGGAGGCCAUGUUCCACACUUUGGAUAAGAUCAACGCGGACCCGGUCCUCCUGCCCAACAUCACUCUGGGCAGUGAGAUCCGGGAUUCCUGCUGGCACUCCUCCGUGGCUCUGGAGCAGAGCAUUGAGUUCAUCAGGGACUCUCUGAUUUCUAUUCGAGAUGACAGGGACGGGCUCAACCGCUGCCUGCCGGACGGUCAGACCCUCCCCCCAGGCAGGACUAAGAAGCCCAUUGCGGGCGUGAUCGGCCCCGGCUCCAGCUCCGUCGCCAUUCAAGUACAGAACCUGCUGCAGCUCUUUGACAUCCCCCAGAUCGCGUACUCUGCCACCAGCAUCGAUCUGAGUGACAAAACUCUGUAUAAAUACUUCCUGAGGGUGGUCCCUUCUGACACUUUGCAGGCAAGGGCGAUGCUUGACAUAGUCAAGCGGUACAAUUGGACCUAUGUCUCCGCAGUCCACACGGAAGGGAAUUAUGGGGAGAGCGGAAUGGAUGCUUUCAAAGAGCUGGCCGCCCAGGAAGGCCUCUGCAUCGCCCACUCAGACAAAAUCUACAGCAAUGCUGGGGAGAAGAGCUUUGACCGACUCCUGCGCAAGCUCCGAGAACGGCUUCCCAAGGCCAGAGUGGUGGUGUGCUUCUGCGAAGGGAUGACUGUCCGGGGCCUCCUGAGCGCCAUGCGGCGCCUUGGCGUCGUGGGCGAGUUCUCACUCAUCGGAAGUGAUGGAUGGGCAGACAGAGAUGAAGUCAUUGAAGGUUAUGAGGUGGAAGCCAACGGGGGAAUCACGAUAAAGCUGCAGUCUCCAGAGGUCAGGUCAUUUGAUGAUUAUUUCCUGAAACUGAGGCUGGACACUAAUACAAGGAAUCCCUGGUUCCCUGAGUUCUGGCAACAUCGGUUCCAGUGCCGCCUACCAGGACACAUUCUGGAAAACCCCAACUUUAAAAGAAUCUGCACAGGCAAUGAAAGCUUAGAAGAGAACUAUGUCCAGGACAGUAAGAUGGGAUUUGUCAUCAAUGCCAUCUAUGCCAUGGCGCACGGGCUACAGAACAUGCAUCAGGCCCUCUGCCCUGGCCACGUGGGCCUCUGCGACGCCAUGAAGCCCAUCGAUGGCAGCAAACUCCUGGAAUUCCUCAUCAAGUCCACGUUCAUCGGUGUGUCUGGAGAGGAGGUGUGGUUUGAUGAGAAAGGGGAUGCUCCUGGAAGGUAUGAUAUUAUGAAUCUGCAGUACACAGAAGCCAAUCGCUAUGACUAUGUACACGUUGGAACUUGGCAUGAAGGGGUCUUGAACAUCGAUGAUUACAAAAUCCAAAUGAACAAGAGUGGAAUGGUACGGUCUGUAUGCAGUGAGCCUUGCUUAAAGGGUCAAAUCAAGGUCAUACGGAAAGGGGAAGUCAGUUGCUGCUGGAUUUGCACUGCCUGCAAAGAGAAUGAGUAUGUGCAAGAUGAGUUCACCUGCAAGGCUUGUGACUUGGGAUGGUGGCCCAAUGCAGAUCUGACAGGAUGUGAACCCAUUCCUGUGCGCUAUCUUGAGUGGAGCAACAUCGAGUCCAUCAUAGCCAUCGCCUUUUCCUGCUUGGGCAUCCUUGUUACCUUGUUUGUCACCCUGAUCUUCGUGCUAUACCGAGAUACACCUGUGGUCAAAUCCUCCAGCCGGGAGCUCUGCUACAUCAUCCUAGCUGGCAUCUUCCUCGGUUACGUGUGUCCCUUCACCCUUAUUGCCAAGCCCACCAUCACUUCCUGCUACCUACAGCGCCUCCUGGUCGGCCUCUCUUCUGCCAUGUGCUACUCUGCUUUAGUGACCAAAACCAACCGCAUCGCACGCAUCUUGGCUGGCAGCAAGAAGAAGAUCUGCACCCGGAAGCCCAGGUUUAUGAGUGCCUGGGCCCAGGUGAUCAUUGCCUCAAUUCUGAUCAGCGUGCAGCUAACCUUGGUGAUAACCCUGAUCAUCAUGGAGCCCCCCAUGCCCAUCCUGUCCUACCCGAGCAUCAAAGAAGUCUACCUUAUCUGCAAUACCAGCAACCUGGGGGUGGUGGCCCCUUUGGGCUACAAUGGGCUCCUCAUCAUGAGCUGUACCUACUAUGCCUUCAAGACCCGCAAUGUGCCCGCCAACUUCAAUGAGGCCAAAUACAUUGCCUUCACCAUGUACACCACCUGCAUCAUCUGGCUGGCUUUCGUGCCCAUUUACUUUGGGAGCAACUACAAGAUCAUUACUACCUGCUUUGCAGUGAGCCUCAGUGUAACGGUGGCCCUGGGGUGCAUGUUCACCCCCAAGAUGUACAUCAUUAUUGCCAAACCCGAGAGGAAUGUCCGCAGUGCCUUCACCACCUCGGACGUGGUCCGCAUGCACGUUGGUGAUGGCAAGCUGCCCUGCCGCUCCAACACUUUACUCAGCAUUUUCCGAAGAAAGAAACCAGGGGCAGGGAAUGCCAAUUCUAAUGGCAAGUCUGUGUCGUGGUCUGAACCAGGUGGAAGACAGGUGCCCAAAGGUCAGCACACGUGGCACCGGCUCUCGGUGCACGUGAAGACCAGCGAGACGGCCUGCAACCAAACAGCCGUCAUCAAACCCCUCACUAAAAGUUACCAAGGCUCCGGCAAGAGCCUGACCUUUUCUGAUGCCAGCACCAAGACCCUUUACAACGUGGAGGAGGAGGACGCCCAGCCGGCGGGCUUCAGCCCUCCCAGCAGUCCUUCCAGGGCGGCGCCCCGCCGCGUGCCGACCGCGGCCAGCACCCCGCCUCUGCCGCCCCACCUUCCGGCCGAGGAGACUCCCCUCUUCCUGGCGGAGCCGGCCAUCCCCAAGGGCUUGCCCCCGCCCCUCCAGCAGCCGCCGCUGCCGCAGAAAUCCUUCCUGGACCAGCUGCAGGGAGUGGUCAACAAUUUCAGCGCCGGGAUCCCGGAUUUCAGCUCGGUGCUCGCCGUCCCCGGGGCCGUGGGGAACGGGGGGCGGUCCCUGUUCCCGCCCCCGGCGCCCCCGCAGCACCUGCCGUUGCUGCCGCUGCCGCUGAGCCCCUUCGCGGAGGAGCCCGCCUCGCCGCCUGGCGAAGACGACGACGAGGACGACAGCGAGAGGUUCAAGCUGCUGCAGGAGUACCUGUCCGAGCGGGAAGGGAACACCGAGGAGGACGAGCUGGAGGAGGAAGAGGAGGAGGGGGACCUGCCGGCGCCCAGCAAGCCCACCCCGGAGGCCUCGCCCGCCCUGACGCCCCCGUCCCCCUUCCGCGACUCGGUGGCCUCGGGCAGCUCGGUGCCCAGCUCCCCCGUGUCCGAGUCGGUGCUCUGCACCCCUCCCAAUGUGACCUACGCCUCGGUCAUCCUGAGGGACUAUAAGCAGAGCUCGUCCACCCUGUAG